AUAAAGAUAGCCAUGGCCCCUUCCACCAUUUCUCAUCCAAUCUUUCUAGCUUCUGUUUAUAUCAUAUCAAGCAACUUUGAAACCAUAAUUUGUAUUAACAUAAGAGAAAAUGUCGGGAAAGGAUAGAGGGCUGCACUACCCACACAAUAAUAGUUAUUGCUAUCCUCCGCCAGCAGCGGCUUACCCUCCCCCGCAAGGGUAUCCACCGCCAGCGGCGGUGUAUCCUCCUAGUGGAUACCCACACUCUUCAGCUUAUCCCCAACCCUAUUCUUCUACCUACCACUCUUCAGGUUAUCCUACACACCACUCAUCAGGGAGAUAUGGAUCUAGCAGCCAUGCUGUGCCGAUGGUAGUGGAAGGUUUGGUGGCGGCAGCGGCGGGAUAUGGCGCCGGUCGUUAUCACUCCGGGCACGGCGGCGGUCACUAUGGAUAUGGCGGCGGUGGCGGACACUAUUACGGUCAUGGAAAGUUCAAGCGUGGGAAGUUUGGGAAGCAUGGAAAGUUUGGAAAGCAUGGGAAAUAUGGCGGCAUGUUCGGAGGAGGAAAAUUCAAGAAGUGGAAGUGAUCUUUCGAUCCUAGCCACCUUUCAUGGCCGCCGGCCGCCGGCACCGCCUCUACUGUAAUAACAUUAUUUUCUUAAUUAUAAUAUAUAUAUGUUCCAAUAAUUUCUAUGAAAGAAUAAUAAACUUUAAUUCCAUGAUUGUA